AUGUGUCGCGACAGGACGAGCUGCUUCGAAACCUGCAUCGAGGGCGUCGCCCGAUGGCACUGGUGGGUUCGUGGAAGUGUGCGACUGGUACCUAUAAGCUGGUUAGUGGCCUCACCCAAUUCGGGUUGCAACAACGGACCAUGUGGCCUGGAGACGACGGGGUGCAGGCGUAGCGCCGCCGGAUCUGUGCAGGGAAAAGCCAAGCCCGACGACAGUUCUCAGUGGGGUGGAACUUGGCGCGGCAAGGUACAUAGGUAG